AUGAAGGAGAUGGGGAGGGGUUACAAUAAAAGGAUUUCAGUACCAAGAAGAUGUGAAAUAAAGAGGCAUUUUUCUACUUCUUAUCAAAUGGGUGGUGGUUCUGCUGCUAAUAGUAAUACCAGUAUAGAGCAGAAAUCAAGAAAGAUGUUAAUUUAUUUGACGGGUUUGGUGGUUGCAAUGGUUGGUUGUAGUUAUGCUGCUGUUCCUCUUUAUAGAAGGUUCUGUCAAGCCACUGGUUAUGGUGGUACUGUUCAACGCCGCGAGAGUGUUGAAGAGAAGAUUGCUCGGCACGCUAAAGAUGGAAUUGUUGCCACAAGGGAGAUUGCAGUACAGUUUAAUGCUGAUGUGGGUGAUGGAAUGCCAUGGAAAUUUGCUCCUACACAAAGAGAGGUACGAGUAAGGCCAGGAGAAAGUGCUCUUGCAUUUUACACUGCUGAAAAUCGAAGCUCCACACCUAUAACUGGUGUAUCUACAUACAAUGUUACUCCUAUGAAGGCUGCUGUGUACUUUAAUAAAAUACAAUGUUUUUGCUUUGAGGAGCAGCGCCUUCUUCCUGGGGAGCAGAUUGACAUGCCUGUCUUCUUUUAUAUUGAUCCAGAAUUUGAAACGGAUCCUAGGAUGGAUGGAAUCAACAACAUAAUUUUAUCGUAUACAUUCUUUAAAGUUUCAGAGGAUUAA